GUGUUAUUACACUUCCACUAUUUUGUUCAUCUGUACAUGAUUAUAUUAAUUUGUUUAUAACAGUGAACAAUAAUAAUUCCAAACCAAAGGAGGAAUUAUGUUAAGACUUGGGUCAAGAUGAUCUGAAAUAGCAGAGCAUGCAGGUUUGCAUUAGAGUAUCUGCAGCUAGCCUGGUUGUCUGUCUGUCUGAGCUUUGCAGCCAGUACACAGCAAAUCCGUGCCUGAUCUGCUAUUGGCCAGAGAGGGCUGGGAGGGUCUUCCUGGAGGCGGAGGAGCAGGCAGGAAGGGGGUGGCUGGAAAUGUUUCAGCUAGAGAGUUAAGCAGACAGUCUUUUCCUCCACUGUCGUGGAAAGAAAAUCCCUGUCUAGGCAUGGGCCUGAGCACACAGCACUGAGAAGGGAAUGAAAAAUAUACACAUGGUGAUUAUCUUUAGACAGAAAGUAAUUAGAAGAAGUCGGACUACCUACACAGACUCUGUGGUGGAUGUUAGAGAGACUGAGGAGCUCCAGCACUGCAUGAGAUCACCAACAGAAAGUGCCUUUCAGACAACAUCUCCAACUUGAACCUGCUCUGUGGUCCAUAUGUGCAUGGAAAGCCAACGCUCCCUUUAAGGCCAGGUCUGAGCUGUGACAGGGGAUACCUCAGCUGCAAAUCUUCAGUAGCCUCCAAUUCAUUUCUGAACAACUCCAGUGACUAAGAAAUCCAAGAGGAAAGCAUUAUUGUGGAGAGGAGAACUGUCAAAGCACAAAGAGCUGACAAAUUAGAAGUUGGCAAAGUCAAUACCAAGCACAUCUUCGUUAAUAUUCUAUCAACGCGCUCCAUUGCCUUGAAAUACUAUUGUUGAGAGUGUUCUUGUCAGUGGAGGAGGAGAGACACUUGGGGGUGUCACAGAGCAAGCCCCUCAACCUUUUCAGAGGUCUGCCAUAGGUGCAAUCUGAUUGAUGAGUGAUUGAUCAUUAAUCGAUUAGCCUUCCUCCCGGUUUAUGAUGCGAGGGCCUGUCUAGUUGCUACAUGAUUUGAGAACUUUUCAAACACAAAUAAAACAGAGCCAAAAGUUGUGAACUUUUUUACGUGAGGCCAUUUUUGAGUUAGAGUCAACCGAUAUAUUGAACUUGCAGCGUUCAAUUGGAACCUCUUAACAUGGCUCUGAAUAUAUCUUCGAUAAGAGACACAAAAUGGCUGACAUUGGAAGUUUGUCGGCAGUUUCAGAGAGGAACUUGCUCACGGAGUGAUGAGGAAUGCAAAUUUGCACACCCACCAAAGAGCUGCCAGGUUGAAAACGGAAGAGUUAUUGCCUGCUUUGACUCGCUAAAGGGUCGAUGUUCAAGAGAAAACUGUAAGUACCUUCAUCCACCUUCGCAUUUAAAAACCCAGCUAGAGAUUAACGGCCGCAACAACCUCAUCCAGCAGAAGACGGCAGCAGCCAUGCUGGCCCAGCAGAUGCACUUCAUGAUCCCAGGCACGAGCAUGCAGCCUGUAGUAAGUUACUCAUAUUCAGUACCUACGUUCAAUAUGAACCAGGGGCUUGGUACAAGCCCUGGUCUCAGCUACUCUCCAUAUCUUACACCCAUGACCUCUAUGAGCCAUGGGAUGAGCCUGAUGCCCACCGAGAUGCUCCCCAGUACCCCAGUGAUGGUCCCUGGAAGCCCCGGUGUCACAAUCCAGAGCUCCAACUCGUCCUCCUCUUCCCCCUCACAGAAGCUGCUGCGCACCGACAAACUGGAGGUGUGUCGCGAGUUCCAGCGGGGGAACUGUGCGCGAGGCGAGACUGACUGCCGCUUCGCCCACCCCAGCGACAGCCCCAUGAUCGACACCAGCGACAACACGGUCACCGUCUGCAUGGACUACAUCAAGUCGCGCUGCUCCAGGGAGAAGUGCAAGUACUUCCACCCCCCUGCACACUUACAGGCCAAAAUCAAAGCCUCUCAACACCAGGUCAACCAAUCGGCCGUGGCAGCCCAGGCAGCAGCUGCAGCCAUGACUCAGUCGACUGCCAAAGCAAUGAAGCGACCCCUCGAGGCAACUGUAGACCUGGCGUUCCCCCAUGGUUGCCUGCAGCCCCUACCAAAGAGACAAGCACUGGAGAAGAGCAACGGGGCCAGCUCCUUCUUCAACCCCAGUAUGUUGCACUACCAGCAGGCUCUGGCCAAUGCACAGCUCCAGCAGACGUCUGCGUUCUAUCCCCCAGGCAGAUAUAUCAGUGCUUCCAGAUUACAUCAUCCAGGGUCAGUGUUUUGCAUGUCUCCUGCUACCGGCAUUGAUCAUCCUCAAGUAACCUACAAGAAAGGAACAGAGUGUCAAGACGCUCCCCUUAGAGGCCCUAAACAGCCCUUCUGUAAAUACUACUUUUGCUCCACACGAGAACUACAGCAACCUGCAUGAUGAGAAGAAGAUUACUGAGGAAAUGUAGAACAUUGAGCUAUGUUAAAAUAUACAAAUUAUAUACCUGUAUUGCUAGGACUAAUAUCGUUACUGAUAUGUAAAUGACUGAUUUAUUAUAUGUAUACACACAUGAUUGGAGAUUGAAGAUUUAAUCGUAAAGGUAUUCAACGAUGACUUUUAUUUCCUUUUUAAUGUUUUGUUAAAAGUGCACAACACUCAUCUAAUUCAAAUGUAAUUUUUUUAGCAGAAAAUGAUUGUGCAUCUAAGUGCUUGAUUGCUUGUAUUUAAAACAAACACCAUUGGAAAGCGCUCUUGUUUAUACACCGUAUACAAAUUGCAUUUGGCUUGUGAGUGUCCUUCUUGCUCUUGUAAAGGACGAAUGUGACAGAGGAUAGCAUGUUGUUGUUUACCUUGUGGUUAUUCUCUGAGUACAGGAUCACUGCUCCCCCUCCUGGUGUGCCUUGGCCUCUCUACGGAGGAAUAACCAAUUGAGUGAGCCUCAGCAAACCCAAUGAUAAUAGCAGAAAAUGAAUUAAUGUACCUUAUGGCAGUGAUAUAAUCAGCCACUAAUUCCAGAAAUGAGAACGGAAUCUAGCUACCACGGUUUCCAAGUGUCUGUCUGUGGUGCACUGUUUUCUCUAUGUCUCUUCGGUCAAGGUUUUAGUUGAGCCUCGUCUUGGCAUCCAUCAAAUAAACACCAUAUACCAGAUGUUGUGCCAAUGACCUAGCAGAGUGAUGGGUGGGCUGAAAAUAAGCCACCUUAGAGGAACUGAAAAGCUGAGUGAGUGUCUGCCAAGCUGUCACAGACAUGUGAGGGGUUAGGUGGUCAAAGUGCAGAGGCCACAGACAUUAAAGAGGGAGCAGAAUGAUAAGACUUCAAAAGGAAAGACGUGGUGAUCCUUUGUUAAAAAGGCUGACGUACACGUGCAAGGAAACUUUGCGGUGGCUCGAGGUCACUUAUUAAUCCUGUCUUAUUUGAACUGUAGAAGUGCCUAAAGUAAUGUACAUAACAAGCAUCUUGAAAAGGCUCUGUGUGAGAAAUAUUCAAAUUUGAGUAGAAAACCCUGCAGUUUCUCAACGUACUCCAUGGCCUCGAUAAAUACAAUGAACAACUGUUUGUGUGAGGUGAAUUCAGUGCAUUGGUAGUCUUUGUACACUGGGUUAGUUUUAGUGCUUUAACCUUUCAUUUACUUUCAAGUUUCAAUAUCUGGCAGAUCGGAACAUGGCUGCUUUGGCAUGAAGUUCAGUGAUUGUUCAUUGUGUAAAAUGGUUUAGCUUAAUUCUUAAUGAGUUGAAAGUAGUUUGCAACUAAAAAGUGAUUGGAGAUGAGUUUGGAGAACCGGAUAUGUGUUGUGGUUCUAUGUUGGUAACUCAUUUGUCUUUAUAUACAACUGUCUUUACAACCAUAUCCUCGUGUUAAAUGCGUUGUUAUCAUAGUCUGUCUAACGUCUUUCGAGUAGAAUGUAUCACAGUAAAUGUUUUAGUAGUAGGACGUAGUCACAUAACUAAUCACAUUGUGCAAUGAAACUCAUAUAACUCUACAUGUGUUUUUGUCAAAGCUUCAUUGUAUAUACAAACUGCACUUACAAACACAGACAGAUUGACCCACCAAUGCACCUGUGCAAAGUCUACACCAGUUAUUUACAGUAGGAUAUAAAAGGCCAAACUAAGCUAGGAACAUGGAACUAUUUACAAUGAUCAACAUGUAACAUUAUUUUACAUUUUGCUUAACCUUUUAUGUUUUAUUUGCUCUUGAAAAUAACCGUUAAAAACUUCACACAGGUGCAAACUAAAUCUUUCCCACAGUCUUUCAUUCUCCCUUUUCAUUUUCUGUGUGAGUGAAAUCAGUAUGUGUAAAAAAUCUCAUCAGUAUCGUGAUAUUGUCAUGGUGUUUGAUCAACUCAGACAAUCCACAGAAAACUAAAAUGACCCAUGUUCUUACCAUCUUUGUCCUAUUUCAUUACUUUUCAUUUUCUUUUCAGAAAAGUUAAUUUUUAUGUUCUGUUUGAUGGAAAUAUAUGGAAUUUACUUAUUUGUUUAACAUUAGUUAUAGAACAAUGUUGUAUUCUAUUUUAAAAUGAAUGUAAUUUAUUAAGCUGAGUUUUGCUCUGCUGGCGGUUAUUCAAAUGACCUGUCCUGUCACGUUAGCCUAUGAAAAGCCGUCUGUGACCAGGGAUGGAAUGUUGGAGCUACCAAUGGCAAGCUUCCACAUCUCAUCCUUGUCACUGCCUUGUCACCUAUACAGGACAACACACUGCAGUACGAGCAAGGCUGUAGAAUUGCUUUUAUUAUGUAUAAAAACAGUUUAUUGUAUAGGUCACAGUCUACCAAAAAAAAUAACAUUUAAGUAAAUUUACUUUUCAUUGUAGUACGGUAUAAUUUCAUAACUAUAUUAAUUUGUCUCUGUGGCAACCUAAAGUUGCAAUGACAGAAGCUCUGUAUUUUUGUAAAUGAUGUAAUUGUUACGUUUUCUAGAGCACUGUAACACACUAGAUUGUAUUGCCAGAAUCUGAACAUUUCCUAUUUUAUGGCAAAAUUAUAUACAACAAUAUUUUCAGUAUCAUAAUGCCUUUGUAUUACAGUAGUAUAUUCCUUUUGCAUUUGACAGCCUACCCAUGACACUUAAAUGUCCCUAAAUACAUGCUCUAAUCUAUUCUACCAAAAAUGAGCUCUCUAAAGUUCUCUUACAAAGCAUCCCUAGACUCAUAAAGGCAAGGGGAAACUCAAAAAGAUGUGUUUUGAUGGUUGUUCAGCUGUUUAGAAUUGCACUUUGUUCCCAGAAUAAAGUUAUUUUUACACUGCAGAAAAAGUAUGUUAAACAUGUAGUCAUGGGUAUGGCUAGUCUGGCAGUGAUACUCUUAAAUUAUUUCAAUUGUUCACCGAAGGCAUCUUUCACAACAACAAAAAAUGCUCUUUGAAAACGGAUGUUAAUUUUAAUGGUAAUUUCAACUCAAGUUCUGCUAAAUGUUUCCAAUGUUAUUAUAGCUAGAUACAGCUGUACCUGAAAGUUAGUUGAGAUUUUAGACCACCCAAUCAAAGUUUUAGACCACCCAAUCAGAGUUGAAAAGUCAGAAUGUGUUCACUUUUACUGACCCAAUGGUAACAUGAUUCCUACCCACUGGGCACAGACUUCAAUUGAACGUAUAUUCCAUGUUGGUUCAACGUAAUUUUGUUGAAAUUAUGUGGAAACAACGGGGAUUUAACCAGUGUGUGCCCUGUGGGUAAGCACUUUCUGAACAGUUGGUAAACUGAGCAGACAAACUUAUUAGUGAACAUUGCCUUACCUUUGAUGUAUUGUUCUUAAGUUGUUAUGUGUUAGGGUUCAUUAAAUAUAAGGAUUGUAUUUAGUCUAUUGCAAUUAGUGAAAUAUGCUGUUUUAAUUCUCACUACAGACAUUUUCAUUUUGAGGCCAAAAUGGUAGAUUGUAAAGAGUGCAGUCAAACACUUUACUGAGAAAAGCUUGAUGAUGAGAAAACUGGCGGGUGCCAUUCUAAAUGGCUGUGGUACAGUUACUGCAGAGUUGUGUUUAAACUGCUGUGCCAGUGCCACAUAUGGUUCCAUCGGUAAUGCCGUACUCUUUAACAGAGGGGAAAAGUACAAACCCUUACUCAUUUUGAAUCUGUUCAUGUGGCAAUUUUUUUAUGUUUUAUUUGUGCAUAAUUAUGUGCUCUUUUAUGAUAUAUAUAUAUAUAUAUAUAUAUAUAUAUACAGUAGUUUUGUUUUGUGUAAAAUCUAAUGUAAAAAAAACAACAAAUAAAAGUUUAAGUAAAUGCCAAGUU